AUGCUCUCGCGGACUUCUGGGCGCGUACGUGAUGUUGAUAUGGCCACAUCCGGAUUGAUAGCGCGCGCGCUUCGCACUUCCCCCAUGCGCAGAUCGUUACCCGACCCACCCGUCCUUACGCCCACUCAGCGACUCAGAGAGUUCUGCGGGACCCGAGGCGGUUCAUCCACAUGUGACACCGAGGAACUGGGCAAGGACAUUGAUUUCGCCGUGUUUCCGGUGAUGCAGGGUGGGCCGAUGAUGCACACCAUCGCCGGCAAGGCGGUCUGCUUUGGCCAGGCUUCGAAGCCGGAGUUCGCCCAGUACGCCCACCAGGUGGUUGAGAACUGCCAGGUGCUGGCGACAGGUCUUUCCGAGGCUGGGAUGCGGCUGGUUUCCGGGGGGACGGACAACCAUCUCCUGCUGGUUGAUGUGACGCCUCUUGGCAUCACGGGCAGGCAGGCCGAGCAGGCCCUUGAGGGCGUCGGCAUAAUAGCAAACAAGAACGCCAUACCAUUUGAUUCCCGUCCGCCCCGCGUGACCAGCGGCCUUCGCCUGGGCACUCCUGCCAUUACCAGCCGGGGAAUGGGCACCGCGGAGUCAGCGCAGGUGGCUUCCAUGGUGGCACGGGUCCUUACCAACAUCGGCGACAUGGAAUUGCAACGCCAGGUGGGCGAAGAGGUGCAGGAACUGACGUCAGGUUUCCCUGUUCCGGGCAUCGACGACUAG